CUGUAGAAGUUGUUGAACCGUACAGGAUGUACUUCAGAACAGUUUUUAAUUUCCUCAACGUCUUUGCUGCCUUCGUUUUCCCAUUUUCAGGCCUUGUAACUUCUGUCUCCCACGAAGAUGAUAACGUGACUCCACACCCCUGUGAUGAAGUUGCCGGCGUAUAUUCAGACUGGGUGAGCCACGCCGAGAAGAUGGGCGUGGCCAUCAUAGGAGGGGGCGUGUCCGGACUGACGGCGGCCAAAACGCUGCUGGAAAACGACGUAACAGACUUGCUCAUUCUGGAGGCCAAGGAGAGGCUGGGUGGGCGUGUCUUCACCGUCAGGGAAGGAAACGUUGUGGUAGAGGCAGGCGCAGAGUGGAUUCACGGAGACGAGAGCAACCCAUUAUAUAGGCUGGCGCAGGAGUUGAAUGCACUCGCCCCACCCCCGCCCGAGGAAUGGGAUUUCUGGACAGUCUCACAAGAGGGCGAAGAAAAAGAUGCAGACCCGUACCCUGUUCUUCGAGAGCUUUUGUCUGAACUCGCUGACAAUGCCUCCUCCUUGGCUGCUUAUCGGGGUCUGCCUCUUGCAGCCUUGUUUACAGAUAGGUACAAGAGUCUUUACGGAGAGGAAUCGACAGAAGAGUGGAAAGGUUGGCUACAUUACUUAAACAAGAUCGUCAAUUCUGCCUUCGGCUGCAAUGACUGGACGACUCCGGAAGUGACGACCACGGGCGCCUUCGCGGAGUAUGGCGACGACAACCAGUGGGCGGCCGGAUACGACACUCUGCUCGGCCACCUCAAGGCUAGUAUCCCCGAUGAGCACAUACGUUUGUCGAGUCCCGUCUGCCGCAUCUUCUGGGACGAAAACCAGGAGGGAAAACGGGAGGAAGGACAAGUUCUAAUCGUUAACAAGGAUGGUUCCUCCUGGUUGGCUGACCACGUUAUCGUCACCGCGUCUUCCGGUCACCUUCAAGAACGUCACCGGCAGUUAUUCUCACCGCCGUUGCCGAUGGACUACGUGAACGCCUUGGAGGGCAUGGAGCUGGGCGUGGCCAACAAGGUGCAGAUGGGGUGGGAGGAGCCUUGGUGGGGCUCGGAGCCGCUCGACCUCAACAUCAUUUGGACCAAGUUCGACCUGCCGGAGGAAAAGUCUUGGCUGUACGACCUCGUCAUAGUGUUCAGUGUCGUUCGCAGUCCUCACGCCGUCGUUGAGAGCUUUGUGACCGGAAAGGCGUCAGAGAUCAUGGAAAGCCUUUCGGAGGAACAGGUCAAGGCCCAUUAUCUCGAGCUCCUGAGGAACGCCACGAAGAUGCAAGUUCCGGAGCCCAUGUUCUUCAGGAGGACUUCCUGGGGCGCCGAUCCUUGGGUACGAGGGUCCUACAGUACCCUGAUCACCACCAGCGGGUUCGGCAGCGGCCUCUCCUCCAGGGCUGUGCUGAGGGCCCCUCUCUACGCCGGCAGGAGAAUGGUGUUGCAGUGGGCGGGCGAGCAUACCAGCGACUCCAGGUUUAGCACCGUCGACGGCGCGAUGAGCACUGGAGAGCGGGAAGCGAAGAGACUCCUGAACACCCUACGUCUUCAAGGCGUCUGAAGUUGCAGAGAGCGCGGGGUCAAAACCUUUUUUCUUUCCUUUUUUCUUUUUUUUUCUCUUUUUCUUUUUUUUUCUUUUUCUUUUUUCUUUUUUUUUCUUUUUUUUUGAUGGUAGUGGUAGUGACGAUGAAGAAUAUUUUCUUUGAUUGUAGAUUUCUGGGUGAAAGGUUAUCAGUAAAGAGCUUUGGUUAAA